CUGGACACCAGGCCUGGGGACAUGUGGAAGCUGGUGAAGGAGCUGCCACAGAGGCAGAUGGACAGUGGGGAGAGCACAUCUAGGGUGGGAUCCCUCAGAUACCCACAGCAACCUGACAAUGUGCCAGGCCCCUUGCUGUGCAUCCAGGGAGUGACAGGAUCAAGUGCCCAGGCAGGCAUGUGCUUUUUGUGGAUCUUGCUCCCACCCUCUGCCACCCCAGAUGGGCACAGCAGUCUCAGCAUGAACCACAGUUCAUCUGAACCCUGUGUGUCUCCCAGUGAGGGGGCUGGGAUGGCCGUGUGUGGAGUCUGGCUGUUGGGGUGAGCAAGGGGUGUAGGACACUGUUGUACAGCAGUGGGACCUGAACUACCUUGGGAUGACAUCUUUGGUGUCUCAAAGGAGCACACACAAAUUGCAGGGCCACACAAAGCAGCGAGUCAGAUGCUCACAGAGCUUGCAGGGGGGGUGGAGUGGGGAGGGCUGUAGGGCUGCUCCCCUUAAAACCAGCUUUGAAGCCAACAAAAGCACAAAGAGCCAGGGGGAGACGAAUUUCUACUUUGAUCCCCUUGGGGCAUCCCUCUUCUCCCCAGCUGCCAGGUGCAGUAACUUGACCCUCUGAUGCUUUUGUCCAGGCGUGGGUGGGAGAAGGGCCCUGGGAACUGGUAUUAGAUGUGGCUGGUGGCACAGGGAGGCGGCAGCCAGUCCAGUACUGGCCACCCCCACAUACCCCCAGCCCCGUCAGCCGGAGCAGGGGAUCUUAGGUUGGCUCCAGCAGGGAAUCCCCCAUUACAUACACACAGCAGGUGUUCACUCCAGCUGCUGUCCCACACACACAGGGGGGCCGGGAUGGUGGGUGGGGGUCAGGCAGCCCCUACCUCCCCCAGCAUUUAAAGCUGUUCUCAGUCUGGCAGGAUCAGAGUGAGGAGCAGCCGGAGGGGACGCAGCCACUCCUGCCCGACCCAACAAGGUUAGUAACAGUUGUGGUAUGGGUGAGAGAUGGAGCAUUCACUGCUAACAAUGGGGAAGGAGGAGGAAAAGGGGACCACUGAGGGAUCCAGAAGUCCCUUUGGGGUCCAACUGAGGUUCCCCCAGGCUCAGCAGCUCGUGCCCUCUGUGCUUCAACCUGGGGCUGGGUGCUGUGUGUGCUGAAUCCAGCCCUGCCGUGCUGGAAAACACCAGCUGGUGACUCAGUGCCUUCGUUGGCGAGGUGUGGGCAGGCAGUGAUGGGAGGUGAAAUAACUGCAGCCCUGGAUACAGCCAUUCCAGCACAGCGUGGUUUUCCAUGACCAGGACCAGAGGCAAACUCUGCUGUGCAGGACUGGGAGGCAUGGGGGCAUGCUGGCCCCAUGCUUGUACCCCCCUGUUCAUACCUGCGUUUCUCCAUUCUGGAACUUGCUGAGCCAGUGGGUGACUUCCUCAUGCCUGGCUCCAUGGGGAAUUUAGGGUGCUGGGAGACAGCUGGGGUGGGUGGCCCCAAAGGCACAUGCUGUGUGGGAGGUGUUAAGCCCAGCCAACUGGAGCCAGUGUGGCACCUUUGGGUGCCUCCAGCCGCAGUUCCGUCCCUCGGCUGUGUUGCAGCUGUGCCUGCCACUCCCUGGGAGCUCUAGCUGGGCAGCUGACAGUGGCCUCUAGGCUCCCUUGUUGUGUGGGGCGACAUCGCUUGGGUCUCCUCCUCUCCUGUGUGAGCUGAACCCCCUUCCUGCAGAUGAUGUCAUCCCUGCAGGGCUCUGUCUCCAGCACCCAGCAGCUACUGCAGGUGCCAGCCAGAGAGGUUGUCCUGUCUGGGUCAACAUCCCUCCUCUGUUCCCAAGGGUUGUGCUACUGACUGUUCCUCAUCUUUGCAGGAGCCCGGGAUGAAUGGCUCGGUGCUGGGAUCACUGCUGGUGGAGCACCCGGGCAAGUGCAUGCCCAACAAUCCAGUGCAGUUCGUGCUGGUGCCUGUCGUCUACUGCCUGGUGCUGUGUGUGGGACUGCCGGGAAAUCUGCUGGCAUUGCUGGUCUUCCUGCAGAGUGGCAAAGUGAGGAAGGCCAUCCGCAUCUACCUCAUCAACCUCACGCUGGCUGACAUCCUCUUCAACCUCACGCUGCCCCUCUGGAUCCACUACUACCUGGCUGGGGGGGACUGGCUACUCUCGGAGGCCGCCUGUCGCCUGGCCGGGGCCGCCUACUACCUGGCGACCUACAGUGCCAUCACCUUCAUGGCGCUCAUCAGCUUCAACCGGUUCUGCGCGGUCGGGCGGCGCGGCGGGUGCUGCUGCUGCACCCUGGCCUGGCUGCUGGGGCUGGGCUGUGCCGUGCCCACCCUGGCCACUCACCAGACCUUCCCCACCCAUGCCGGGACCACCGCCUGCUUUGAGCAGCACGGGCGGCAGCGGCGCUAUGCCUAUGCCAUGGUGGGUUUCUUUGCCGCCGCCUUCCUGGUGGUGCUAGGAACCUACGCGUCCAUCGUCUGGGCGCUCUCGGUGCCUGCCGCCACCUCACCAGGCUCCCACCGGCAGCAGGCCCGUGCCAUGGUGCUGGGGAUGCUGCUGGUCUUUGUGGUCUGUGUGGCCCCCUACCACCUGACACUUGCCCCCUGGGUGGGCAGCCGGCUCCCUACACCGCUCUGUGGGCCCCCUGACACUCUGGAUGUGCUGCACACACUGACUGUGGCCCUGCUCAGUCUCAACAGCUGCCUGGACCCCCUCAUCUACUGCUUCUCCAUCCGGCGCUUCCGCGCCGACCUGGAUCGGACCCUGCGCAAGAUCAGCCGGUGCUUCCCGCUGCCCCCAUCGGCCCCGCCCGGGCCAGUGCCUGGUGCCCGAGCAUCCUCCUUCACCUCCUCGUAGCGGCGUGGGCACCAGGGUCCUGCCCCCGCCUGCCCUGCUGGGAUGUGGUCCCUGUUGCCAGGUGAGGGAUCAGGAGCAGCGUGGGGAGUGCUCUGGCUUCGUGCACCCCCUCCUCCCACCCCGCUCUGCUCUCUGUGUGUUCCCACGCGCCCACAGUUCCUGCACAAGCACAGAUCCUGCCCCCCGUGUUGCAGGCACUGGGAGAGCGUCACUGGCACUGGGAGAGCGUCACUGGCACUGGGAGAGGUCUCGCUCAGCAAUGGGAGCUGAGCCAUAGUGAGCUGUGGGAAGACAGAAUGGCAAGGAAUGCUCAGUGGUUGCUGUCAUCUCCCGGGGGCUCCAUCCUGCAGGGACAUGCAUGAUCGAAGACCUCCAUGGCAUGAGGUGGGCUGCUGAGGGAGCUGUUUGAGGCCAGUCCUGUCCUGCAACGUCCCUAAGCCUCAUGCCUACACCCCUCCUGCUCUUGGCCAGGAUUAAAAAUGAACGAGCCAAAGGCUUCCCCAGUCUCUUUGCUGGCGAGUGCCUGUGCCCCUCAGCGAGAAGUUCCUGGAGAGCUGGAUAUGGGGCAGCCCCGGUCCCCGCAGCCCUGGCCCCGCAGCCCAGC